GUCAGAAUGCCGCCGCCCUGUCUGGGAGCAGACCUGGCGGGCCUGCUGCAGACGGGGGAGGGGGCGGAUGUGACGCUGGUGGCGGACGGGGAGGAGUUCAAGACGCACAAGUACCUGCUCCAAGCCCGGUCCAAGUACUUCCAUUCGCUGCUGAACAGCAGCAUGCGGGAAGGGAGGGCGGGGAGGGCUGUCGUACAGGACAUACGCGCACCUGUGUUUCGUGCGCUUUUGCACUACGUGUACACGGACUCGUUGCCGGAGGGGAUGGAGGAUGGGAACCUUGAGACGGAGAUGGCGCAGCACCUUUUGGCGGCAGCCGACCAGAUGCAGUUGGAGCGGCUUCGGAGCAUUUGCGAGCGGCGGUUGUGUGAGACUGUGGAGGUCGACACGGUGUCGUACACUCUGGCGCUGGCGGACAGGAACCACUCGGAGGACCUUAAGAAGGUGUGCCUGGACUUCGUGGCCCGUAACCUGGCGGCCGUGAUGAAGACGGAGGGGUACACACAUAUGGUGGAUGCGUGUCCGGGACUGCAGUCCGACAUCCUGAUAGCGGUGGCG